GGACAGCGCCACAUCACACCUCCUCCUCGCACUUCCCGCGCCCUGAUACACAGCAUGCGGUGAACACCGGCAGCUCCCACACAGGACGGUUUAGGGGGGUGGAUGCACAGACGGGCGGACCCAGAUCGCUUGGUAUCAUCCUUCUGUCAUUUCUACAGUCUGCGGCCGGUGGGAGCCAGCCUGUGCCCCCCUCCCAUCCCGUGCCCGGUGGUUCAGUCCGCCCUGACACAUUGAGAUGCAGAGCUGCAGCGGGUCGCAGUGACCGUUCAGGGUCGGAGCGGGCGGUCGGUCGGUCGGUCAGUCGGUUGCGGGCGGGUACCGGAGUGACCGUGACGGCGGCUUUCAGAGGGGGCACCUCAAUGACGCGGCGCAGCCCGGGAGCGGACCCCUUCCCUUCAGCGCGGCCGUGAUUGUGUCUGGGUUCGCCGCCCACCGUUAGCCCCGUCUCCCCAGCUGUGUGUGUGUGAGCGGCUGCCGGUCGGGAUGCCGGAGGGUGACCUCGCCAUGCUGUCCCCGCAGGAGGCGGCCAAGAUCUACCACGCCAACUACAUCCGGAACUCGCGGGCCAUCGGGGUGCUGUGGGCGAUCUUCACCAUCUUGUUCGCCAUCGUCAACAUCGUGUGCUUCAUCCAGCCGUACUGGAUCGGGGACGGGGUGGACACCCCCCAGGCGGGCUACUUCGGCCUCUUCCACUACUGCAUCGGCAGCGGCUUCAACAAGGAGCUCACCUGCACCGGCAGCUUCACGGACUUCUCGUCCAUCCCCUCGGGAGCCUUCAAAGCCGCCUCGUUCUUCAUCGGCCUGUCCAUGACGCUCAUCAUCUCCUGCAUCGUGUCCUUCGUGCUCUUCUUCUUCUGCAACACGGCCACGGUGUACAAGAUCUGCGCCUGGAUGCAGCUCUCCUCCGCUGCCUGCCUUGUUCUUGGGUGUAUGAUCUUUCCUGAUGGCUGGGACGCAGAUGAGGUUCGGCGUAUGUGCGGUGAAAAGACAGACAAGUAUUCUCUUGGUGCAUGUUCUGUGCGUUGGGCAUACAUCCUGGCUAUUAUUGGGAUACUAGAUGCCCUGAUCCUCUCGUUUCUUGCGUUUGUACUUGGCAACAGAUUGGACAGCUUAAUGGCAGAACAACUCAAGCUGGAAACUAAAGAUGAUGGAAAUGCCUAAUAUUUAAAAGUUUUGCUGAGUUAAUAUUCCGAAAUCCAAGCACAAAUGAGAAGGAAUAAUAACUGUUGUACAUCAUCAUUAUGUGUUAAGAAGACUUCAAUGUACAAGAACAAUGCUGAACCGAGCAGUGUUUCAGAAGUUAACUAGCAAAAUGAGUUUAGAAGACACGAAUAUACUGUUCUGCAUCCAACUAAAUUAAAUGUCAUUUCAAUAGAACUGUUUUCUAUUCAGAUGAUACUUGUGGGUACCUCAAAAUAGUGGGUCUUUAUAAAGUAGUUGAUCUAUAAUAGCUGAAAAUCAAUUGUUCUUUUUU